AUGUCUGACAGCAACGGCGCGCCCAAGCGCAAGGUCACGUCCUUCCACAACUUUAUCGAAAAGGGAGGCAAGUUUGAACCCGAGAAAGGGCGAUACCACCUCUAUGUCGCGUAUUCGUGCCCAUGGGCUACGCGCACCCUCAUCAUGCGCCAGCUGAAGGGCCUCGAGGACAUCGUCGACAUCAGCGUCGUGUCCCCGCGCAUGGGCCACGAGGGAUGGCCCUUCGCCAAAGCGGACCCCUUCCCCGGCGCGACAUCCGAUCCCAUCCACGACUCCGCACACAUCAAGGAACUCUACUUUCGCGCAGAGCCCGAAUAUGGGGGGCGGUUCACCGUCCCUAUGCUCUGGGACAAGAAGACGGACACGGUCGUGAACAACGAGAGCAGCGAGAUCAUCAGGAUCUUCAACAGCGCGUUCAACGAACUGUUGCCGGCGGAGAAGGCGCAGCUGGAUUUCUACCCGGGAAAGUUGAGGGGGGAGAUCGAUGAGGUGAAUUCGUGGGUGCUCACCACCGUGAACAGCGGUGUGUACAAAGCUGGCUUCGCUCGUACGCAGGCCGCGUAUGAAGCUGCCGUCAUUCCACUCUUCGAGUCGCUCGACAGGCUCGAGAAAAUACUCACAGGCAAAGACUACCUCAUCGGCGACCGCCUCACCGAGGCCGACGUCCGCCUCUUCCCUACUAUCGUCCGUUUCGAUCCCGUCUAUGCCAACCAGUUCAAGUGCAACCUGCGUUUGAUCCGUGACGGCUACCCGGCCCUCCACCGCUGGCUCCGCCGUCUCUACUGGACCAAUCCUGCAUUCAAGGACACAUGCAACUUUGAGCACAUCAAGACGAACUAUUACUGGUCGACUCACUUCGAGCACCUUAACCCCACUCAGAUCAUCCCUAUUGGCCCGGUGCCGAACAUUCUCCCCCUUGAAGUGGCUGCAUAA